AUGGUGUCUGUUUCCACUGGUAAAGGUAUAUUUUCAGAUGGCAGUUACCAAAUACAAGAAUUUGAUCAGAUAAAACAAUUUAAGGAAUUUCUUGGAACCUACAAUAAAUUUCCAGCAACCUGCUUUUUGGGCUGUGUUAAAGACCCCACAACAAGAGGAAUAAAACCUGAAGAGACCAAUGAAGCCCUGGCACCCAAAGCAGGAGUACUUGGCCAACCAUGA